ACCAAGAAACCUAAUAGGACUACAGACAUCGAAGUGAACAUAGAUAACUAAGAUAUUAGCGAAAAAAUAUAUUUUAAAAAGCUCACUAGGACUUCAGAAUGAAGCCACAGAUUGGAACACUCAAGGACAGUGAAGGUCAAGUCUGCAACGGGGUCAAGGAGACCAAGACUGGAAGUCGAGCACUACUGGUGGUCGGCGCAUGCGUGUUCCUGGCUUUGAUGACGGCCGCCAUCUUGGGCUCGGUGUAUAUGGGGUACUCCCUUCAUCCCCGGGGCUCUACUGGAAAACAACAGACGUACACGGCGGAUUUCUACCAGGACGGUGUCCACGUUGCCAAGGAGACGUUGGUCAUCACUGAACGUGAGGAAAUGUACGCCGCAACUAACGGCACCGUUGUCAAGGACUAUGAGACAGGAUUCGCAGUAUACAAGAUGGAUCAUCUCCCAGGUUGCUACCUGACCACAUUUAACAUGAGUGACAGAGAUAACUACAGAAGCAACGGCCAACAACAGUUAUCUGUUGAGGUAACACACACCUCCAAGCAGCGCUACUCAGUGACGGACAUAAUCGUUAAUAGGGCGGUCCUGGGACCGCAGGCGGCCACCAUGUGCGCCGAAAGAGAUCUUUACAUGCUCCGACAACAAACAAAUUCCACGAACGACGGUCGGCUAGUUAAGAGAGAGAGUUCGUGGUCCGUUUCCGCCACCUUUUGUUGUUGCGGAUACUGCCUUCGGGUUACAGUUAGUAGCAACUAGCAGUAAUAAUAGUGAAAGAAGAGUUCUUUUGUGAAUUAAAAAAACAACAACAACAGAGUUUCGAAUUUGAUAACGUUCCGUAAUAUAUAUGCACGUAGUCUAUAUCACGUGUUUUUUGACGCCACAUGUCAGCAGAAAUUUGAUGGUUUUUUCGGAUAAACUUCAGCCGGUGCUGCUUCCAGUAUGUCGUGUUUGCAUAAAUGUGAGAAAAACCUUUAAAUCUGAAUGCAGAACUUCAUACAGUGACUGCCAUUGAUCCAUGUUAUGUUAUAUAAUGUUCACGAUAGGUACUUAAGUCAUUUGUUUUAACAUUAUUAAAUGUUAUAUGCUUAAGCUACUUUUUGUGCACUACGUCAUUCAGGUAUGGGUGCUUAGUACAAGUUUAGAAUAGUAUGUCAGUGUUGGAGAAUAAUUGUUUAAGAUAUAUUUAUCUUUCGUUCUAAUCCUGUUCUAGAUUGUACAUGUGUUUUCUGUUUGUCUUUAUGUUAUGUGUAUAUACGCUGAUGAAUAAAAUAUGUUUAAACUAA